CUUCCCUGCUGUGCUGUGUUUACAACGUUUUACAAAUGUGGAAGCAGUUUUAAUAAUGUAAACGGUUUACAACGUUUUCUUCAAGUUUCCUGACUCUCUCUUCUCUGCUUUGCUGUGUUGACACAAUACAAACAAAACAAAACAAAACAAAACAAAACCACCCCCAGCUACCUUCUUCUACACUUUCCUAUAACUUCAUCCCUCUCUCUUUCCCUUCUCCAUUAUACACCUUUCUUUUGACUUUUCUGUGCUUUCUUUUGAGGUAAAAACAAGGGGAAGGUAAUACUGCUGUGAAGUUCAGCUUUGGAUUUUCUUUUUUGGUUUAGGUAAUGGCGCUAAGGCUCGAUGGCACAGAUGUUUCGGGGUUUAAAUUCCUCUUCUCAUUGGCGGUCAUGUAUGGUCUCAUGUCCAUCCUUGUUCACUCCGUAAUGUACAACAAGUUCAUCACGCUUUUGGGGAUCGACGCGCCUCUCGAUCGUUUCUCUGAAGCCAGAGCUAUCGAGCUUGUUCGAGUCUUAGCACAUGAAAUCGAUGGUCGUCAAGAAGGGCGUCAGGGUUUGAGAGAAGCAGCAGAGUAUAUUAAGGCACAGUUGGAAAGGUUGAAGGAGAGAGCUGGGUCAAAUUUCAGGAUUGAGAUUGAAGAGAAUGUUGUUAGUGGGUCAUUCAAUAUGAUGUUUUUAGGCCAUGGUAUAUCAUUUGGUUAUAGAAAUCAUACAAAUAUUUUGGUGAGGAUAUCCUCAAUAGAUUCACAAGAAACCGAUCCAUCAGUUUUAAUGAAUGCUCAUUUUGAUGGUCCACUUGGUUCCCCCGGUGCUGGUGAUUGUGCUUCAUGUGUUGCAUCGUUGUUGGAAAUUGCGAGGCUAACCAUAGACUCUGGCUGGGUUCCACCUCGGCCUAUAAUUUUUUUAUUCAAUGGUGCAGAAGAAGUUUUUUUGUUGGGUGCACAUGGUUUCAUGAGGACACAUAAAUGGCGUGAUUCCAUAGGAGCUUUUAUAAAUGUGGAAGCAUCUGGGACAGGAGGUCUUGAUCUAGUCUGCCAAUCUGGACCUGGUUCUUGGCCUUCGUCCGUCUAUGCUCAAUCAGCAAUUUAUCCCAUGGCUCAUAGUGCAGCCCAGGAUGUUUUCCCUGUUAUUCCUGGAGAUACGGAUUACAGGAUGUUUUCAGAAGAUUAUGGCAGUAUUCCUGGUCUGGAUAUUAUUUUUCUUCUUGGUGGUUAUUAUUACCAUACUAACUAUGAUACAGUGGACAGACUAGUACCUGGUAGCAUGCAAGCACGUGGAGACAAUUUGUAUAGUGCGGUUAAGGCCUUUGCUGAGUCUGCUAAGCUUAGAAAUGCUCAUCAAAGAGAAUCCCUUGGUGUCAGUAAUGGAAGCGAUGAUGGACAAGCUGUUUUCUUUGAUUACUUAGCUUGGUUCAUGAUCUUCUACUCAAGAAGGAUAGCUAUGGCACUUCAUAGCAUUCCCGUCAUCAUCUUUCUCGUUAUGCCUUUCUUUUCACGUUUUCUUUAUUCUGGGUUGUGGUGUUGUUUUGCAACCUUCUAUGAUUUUGUCAAAGGAAUGAUCCUUCAUACUACUGGAAUUAUGCUGGCUAUAAUUUUCCCAGUUUUAUUCUCCAUCCUGAGAUUACUAGUUUCUAGUUAUGGAAUGAACUGGUUUGCGAAUCCUUUCUUGGCUUUCAUGAUGUUCAUUCCCAUCUCACUUGUUGGUCUAUUAAUUCCAAGAACGGUUUUUCAUGGUUUUCCCCUCUCCCAAAAUGUUUCAGUUCUCAAGGUGCCAAAGGAGGCACUAUCUGAUGAGGCAAGAUUCUGGGGAGCAUUUGGGUUUUAUGCUUCAGUAACUUUGGCUUAUCUUUUAGCUGGGUUAAGUGGGGGUUUCUUGACCUUUUUUACAUCUGCAUCUAUGCUUCUUGCAUGGAUCUCCUUUUGCUUAUCAAUAAAGUUUUCUGGUCGUCAAUUGGCAAGGUCAUCGGUUUUCUAUGUGAUACCUCUAAUUCCAUGCCUUACAUACUCUGUUUAUUUUGGUGGGUUUCUUGUUCAAUUUUUGAUUGAGAAGAUGGGUAUGAUGGGCUCUCUUCCACCACCUUAUGGGAAUUAUGUUCCUGAUAUCGUGGUGGCAGCGAUAGUUGGUGUUGUUACCGGUUGGUGCAUGGGCCCCCUAAUGCCUAUUUGUGGCAAAUGGUUAGCCAGGUCAUCCAUCUUGCAAUUCUUACUACAUUUUAGCGUGAUUGCUUUGGCUUUGUCAUCUCAGUUCUUUCCGUAUAGUAGAGAUGCUCCUAAGAGAGUUGUUUUCCAGCAUACGUUUCUGACUGCAGAUGCAAAUCAGAUUGUUGAUUCAAGUUAUGACUUCUCCGUGGUGGAUUCCAACUCUUUGCUGUUUCUUUUUAAAUAUGCACCUGAAUUGGCAAAGGAGUUGAACAUUGGUCCUGAGUUUUCUUUCGAAACCGCUAAAAUGUCUAACCAACGGACUUUUUUGACACUUUUUCCGGUCAACUUUUUGUUCUCAAGAAGUAUGCAGUUCCCUGCAAGAAGUGAUGAGAUUUUGAAGCAAUACAGACAGUUUCCUCAUUUGUAUACUAAUAAGCCACAAACAAUGUCCAGUGAUGGCUCUCGGAGAGUUUAUUUGGAACUUUCCUUAGGUUCCUUAAAGGAAGUAUGGGUUGCAGUUCUUAACAUUACUGGUCCUUUAUCCAGUUGGUCAUUUGCUGACACUAAGCUACCAGUUCCGGAAACCGCCGAAGGUGGUCCACCCUCAUACAUAUGCAGACUUACUGGAUCCAGUCACGAGAAAUGGAACUUCUGGUUAGAGGGAAGAAAUGUUGAAGAUAUAAGGGUGGAUGUGGCAGUGCUUGACCAAAAUUUGGUAGAAGAAGCGAAGAAGUUGAAAUCAGUAUUCCCAGAAUGGACAGAUGUUACUGCUUAUUCCAGUUUUCUGUCCACGUAUGUCUUUUAGCCAUUAUACUCAUGACCAGUGUGUGUAUUUUAUAUCCCUAUAUUUAUUUAUUUUUAUGUUUAUACA